AUGGAGUAUCUCUCCUUAGUUUCUAUCCUCCCAGCGCUGGUCGCUGCUCAACAACAGGGGCCUGCCAACAAUGGUAAUAAGGGUAUAAAUCCUAAUCCCGACCCCAACUUCGACCCAGCAACCAACCCAGGAACUUUGGGUCCCUUCACUCCCGCCCGCGAUCCGUCCCCUCAAGCAACCGGUGACCCCCAUCAAGUUGAUGAGCGUUCCAAGCAAGCCAUGCAACUUGCCAUAAGCAACUGGAUGACCGACACAGGCAUUGUGACCGCAUUUCUGAACGCCGGUACUGGCGCAGCGGAAGGCGACGAGUUCAACGUGAUCGCCGACGGCGCCUUCAAGGCCGAAGUGGAUGAACUUUCGCAGAAGGCCGUCCUCGACAGCGUGAUUGGCAACGACCCGCUCCGUGGUCGACAAUCUACAGAUCAUGUCGGUUCAGGGGAAGAGCAAGGCAAACUUGAUGAUGAGAUCAACCAGAACCGCUGCGUGCAAAUAUUGCCGUCGAUCGAUACGUACAUGGUCGUCGCGGCGGAGGCGAUUGGUAUGAAUGCACAACAGAGGCGUGCGGUGAGACCGGAUGCUUGUGGGAAUAUAUUAGCGAGUCAGCAGGAAAAUGUCGAGGCCUUCCCUAACGUUCCGGGCGCCCCGGGUGGCGCACCUCCAGGAAAAGGUGACGGCAUCAUUGACGGCGUUCCUGGGGUUGGUCAACAAGGCGCCGGCAAUCUUCCUCCCGCCGACACUGCCUUUCAGAACCAGAGGCAGGCUCAAGGUUCCCCAGUCCAAAUAGACGGAGAUUCGCAAGGUGGUGGAAACAGUACCUCGCACGCGGCCAACACACGCUCUAGUAGCAUCUCUACUAGGACCAGGACCGGGAGGAAUAGCACUGCUAAGGGAGCUCAGACAGCGGUCUCGAGCAACCGAGAGAAUAACGGAUCCACGGCUAACAAGCCUCUUGAUAAAAUUACGACGCCGCAGUUGGGCUUACCGGAAUUUUCGUAUAACAAGCCGAUUUAG